AUGGCUCGCACAAAACAGGCCACGCCGCUCCGACGCGAGCCAUCCUCCGAGUACGCCAGCAAGCACGAUCGCAUGCCGCGGAGCAGAGACGUCAGCGCAACCAAUGGCAUGGUCGAGGUCCCCAACGGGAAAGCCAAUGGCCACGUCCCACCCGGUAGCACCGACACCACCGGCAGCGCCGGCGGCGAGCCGCCCGUCGCAAAGAAGGACCCAGGCAUCGUCACGCUCAUCAUUGAUGUCGCCGGCAUCUACGUCUCCUUCCUCACGUGGGCCUACCUCCAAGAAAAGCUCACCACAACCGCCUACGGCCCGCCCUCCGCGCCGGAGCGCUUCAAGUUUCCCGUCUUCCUGCUCACCAUUCAAUCGCUCUUCGCCUUCGUCAGCGGGCAGCUCUUCUCACUGCUGACGACGCCGCGCGGCCGCCCCGUGCCCCCGCUGUUCCCCAACCGCCAGAUCCUCCCGCCUCUCCUGCUCGUCGCCUUCACCAACGCGCUCGCCGCCCCCUUCGGCUACGCCGCCCUGGCCCACAUCGACUACAUCACCUACAUCCUCGCCAAGAGCUGCAAGCUGCUGCCCGUCAUGGCGCUCCAUGUGACCGUCUUCCGCCGCCGCUACCCGCUGUACAAGUACCUCGUCGUCGCGGCCGUGACGUGCGGCGUCGCCGUCUUCACGCUGCACUCGGGCAGCCACAAGCAGAAGCAUGGCGGCGGCGCCAGCAGCCACUCGGGCCAGACCGCCUGGGGCCUGCUGCUGCUGGGCAUCAACCUGCUGUUCGACGGGCUGACCAACAGCACGCAGGACUACAUCUUCGGCACCUUCCGCGGCUACGGCGGGCCGCAGAUGAUGGCCGCCAACAACCUGCUCGGCUCGCUCCUCACGGGCGGCUACCUGCUGCUGAGUCCCUGGCUGGUGCGGACGCCGUUGGGCGAGUGGUUCGGCAUGGACGUGACGGGCGGCGGCGCCGGCGAGCUGAAGGCCGCGCUCGGGUUCCUUGCCAGGAAUCCGGCCGUGUGGAGGGACGUGCUGGGCUUUGCCUUGUGCGGCUGCGUCGGGCAGGUGUUUAUCUUCCACACCCUCUCGACCUUCUCGUCCGUCCUCCUCGUGACCGUCACCGUCACGCGCAAGAUGUUCACCAUGAUCCUGAGCGUCGUCGCCUUCGGCCACCGCCUCUCGCGCAUGCAGUGGCUCGGCGUCGCCCUCGUCUUCGGCGGCAUCGGCGUCGAGGCCCAGAUCACCCGCCGCGAGAAGCUCGCCAAGGAGGCGGCCAAGAGGAGGGAGAAGGCGGCCGGUGCCAAGGCGCAAUGA